UGAACUUUGGCGACGAUGGGGAGAGAGCCAAAAAUUCGCCGAUAGCUCUUUAACCUCUGCAGGCACUCACACGCAUCCGGCCGUGUGAAAUGCAAAGGGAUCGAUGCGUGUUCGUUGCCGCCUGCGGUUUGGCUCCAAAUGCCGCCGCUCUAAUGCUUCGUACAACGCGCAUUCCAUUUCGGGGCGAGGUUUAUUCCCUCCUCUCCCCCUGUACGGUCGUUGUAGUGUUUCUUUUCGAUCGGCAGUUCGUCGACAUUCAUGAUUCGAUUUUUGCCUUCGAUAACAUUUCCGAUCUGUUCACUUUGAUAGUCAAUUUUUACGGUGACAAAGACAUUUGGUGCCUUAUCUUUGCUGGGUUUAAUCGAUGCGCAUUGUAAAACCCAACAUUUUGAUUUGAUUUGAUUUGUUUUUCCUAUUUUGCGCAACAGUUCAAAUCGGUUGAUAAUUGACAAGGAAACCGCCCACUACCGCAGGGCUCCCCCCCUUCCUAUUUUAAUGGUUACGUGGCCGCUAAAUAAGUCUACGAAUAAAAUGAAAACAUUAAAAGAGAAAGUCUUGUGCACUUGAUGUAACAAAACGUAAAUAUAAAAACACCCAAGAAAACUACGUGGAUCGAUGUCAUGGAAGUUGUGGCACAACGACUAGGGACUGAAUGCAUAUUUAAAUCCCCGUCCCCCCCAAAAAAAAAAUUGAAAAAGAAAUACGUAACAUAGCUAACGGGGCCAAUGUUAGUGCAUCGUAAUAAAUUCAGUGUAUGCCAGUUGCAUUUGAAUCGAGCCAGGCUCUUGUGUCCCAUGUCCCCCCCUUUUGAAAAGGCAGAUCUCGAGGUCACGAACAGAAUAUCGCUCUCCGUCCAUAUGCUAAUCACUCGGGAAGACGUAGAAACAAUCGGAUGGUUGCACGCCAUUCGACGACCCCCCAUACACCUGCGUGUCCUGGCCUGUAAGAGCCAUCAUUUUUGGGGGGUUUCAUCUGUUCUAACUGAUGUAAUUCAAAUGCAAAAGAGAAACAACAAAAAACAGAGAGAGCUUGUCGCAAUCAAUAACGAAACAAAUGAAAACAAAAGUGGUCAAAAGUCACAAUGACUCAAACAAAUGUUCAUUUCGUUUUUUCUAUUUGAUCCGGUUAUGAUUUGACGCUUACACAGCUGGGUCCAACAACUUUGUUUCUCUUUUGAAACGAUGACCGUUGACGUGAUACGCCGCUGGCGCAAUCUGAGCUCAACGUCACACACGCACACACACACAGAGAGAAACCGGCCUUUUGGACCUUUCGGGCUUGAAGUUGCCCCCAAUUGCGUUACCGCUCUCUCACUUGUUCUCCCUUUAAACAAAAAAAGCUAAACAAAAUAGAAAAAUGGGGGAGAUAACGGUGGCUGGCCAGCCGAUGAAAUAGCGUUUUUAUGGUUCGAUAUUGAGCUAGUCUUUCGACGAUUGCUUCAGUGGGCAGCUGCUGUUUGUGUUCCAGAGCUCUUGUUUCGCUUUCCCUUUGUUUUUUGAUUAUCGUGUGUGUGUGUGUGUGUGUUUUUCGCUUGGGUGGGGAAGAAAUGGCUGCCAAACCGGCCAGUUUGGCGAAUGCAACCAAGAAGCCGAAGUACGUACCGAUCCCGAAUACGUUGAGAGAAGGAUGGGCCGAAGUGACGCGCUCGACGCCUUGUUCGCCCGAAAGUUGCAGGACAAGUCGGUUCCGCGUAGCCGAUGAGCUGAGUCGUUCAGUCAAUUUGCUGCUGGAUGUUCACGAUCGACGGGUGGGAUCGACAGCGAGCAACUCGUCCGAUUCGGUCGAUGGCGACAGGAAUUCGGCCCAAGAUUGGGGCGAAUGCCAGACAGGGCCCCGUAAGGCCAGCCUUCAGCCCACGCCCAAAGUGGCCUUGCACCAAGAUAUGCCCAGGAGAUCCUCGACUAGCCGCCUGUUCGAUUCCGGCGGAGGCCGCCGCUCACCGCACUCGAGUCUUGGCAAUCUCUUGACGGCCGUUUUGUCCAAAACUCUGCGCAAAAAUGGGAGGGAGGUAAAACAAAACAAAUUGAGCCAGGGAAGAGCCAGCUGGACGUCUUGAUGAAUUCACAUCCAGCUGGCCGCUCUCCCACGUGUCAUGGGCACGAUAGCGGUUUUUCUAUGAAGGACGUAGUAAAAAGAAG